CGAUAAAAUAUCUGCAUGAUCAUCGUAUUGCACAUCGUGAUCUUAAACCCGAAAAUAUUCUUAUGUCGAGUGCGGCAAAUCUUGAAGUCAAAAUUUCGGAUUUUGGACUAUCUAAACUCCUUGGUCCUGAACAUUCAUUAAUGAAAACUCUAUGCGGAACGCGUCUUUACGUUGCACCUGAAGUCAUUGCUCGGACACCAAAUCGCAGUUACGGAAGAGCGGUUGAUAUGUGGAGUCUUGGCGUUAUUCUAUAUGUUUGUCUUUGUGGAAAUUUACCAUUUGCUGAUGAAUUGGGCCCACCAAACCUCCUCGAUCAAAUUAGAUUAGGAAAAUAUAGAUUCCACUCCCCUGUAUGGAAUAAUAUUAGUUAUAAUGCAAAAGAUUUGAUUAGAGGCUUGUUAACUGUUAAUGUAAAAGAUCGUUUAACAGUUUCACAAGCUUUGACACAUCCGUUCAUGCAGGAACUACCAUUACCUAAAUCUGUUUCAAAUGCGCCAAUUUUGUUACGAGGGAAUGAUAGCACUUCAUUAAUUAAAAAUGGUCAAACAAGUUUCUCACAGAAAAUUUUGUCUAGACAAGCGGAUUCUAGUAAUGCAGAUUUUGCCGAUGAUGAAGCAUCAUUCAUUAUUACAG